AUGCGGGAAUUCCAAGUGGGAAGCUCCACUGGAUACUGGCACUUGAAUGCAGAUGUCAUGGUACGUAUGCGAUCUUUUCCCCAUCAGGUUCUCAACGAUGCAGGGAAUAUUUUCGAAGCAGCUUUCGACUCGCUUGCCGCCGCUCUUUCAUCCACGCGCCUUCCCAAGAGCAUUAGCGAUGUUGGCGGCAUUUACCCCGAGGAUUUGGUAAACAACAUUCUUGCUGCCGAUCCUACGAUCGAGGAGGAGUCUAUAUCUGAUGCACAGCUUUUUUUAACACGGUCGUCUGAUGAUGAGAUAUCCUCUGUUAGAAAGCUGGGCACCGGGCUGCUGUCUUUUGAGCAGCUUGCCGUUCUUGUAGCAUCCCAAUGA